CGGCUGGCCCCCGCAAGAAGAGAGCGACUCAAGUCAGCUACUUCCCCCAGCUGAACCGAUAGGCUAUCGCAAUCAAUUCAGAUGAGAUUUAACACUUCCCUGUGUAUUUAGCUGGUUUGACGCUCAUUCUCCGUCGGUCGUCCAAAAAUUAACAGCCCGAGAAAAUGUCAGAUCCUGUGGUGGCCGACACUCGCCGGUUGAAUUCCAAGCCCCAGGACCUGACGGAUGCUUACGGCCCCCCCAGCAAUUUUCUGGAAAUAGAUGUUUAUGAUCCACAAAUAAUCGGAGUCGGACGGGGCCGUUACACAACUUACGAAGUUCGCAUGAGGACAAACCUUCCCAUUUUCAAAUUGAAGGAUUCCUGUGUGCGGAGAAGAUACAGUGACUUUGAGUGGUUAAAGAAUGAGCUGGAAAGAGACAGUAAGAUUGUAGUACCACCUCUGCCAGGCAAAGCCCUGAAGAGACAGUUGCCAUUCCGUGGGGAUGAGGGCCUUUUUGAGGAGUCUUUCAUUGAGGAGCGGCGAUCGGGCCUGGAGCAGUUCAUCAACAGAAUUGCAGGUCACCCCUUGGCCCAGAACGAGCGCUGUCUUCACAUGUUUCUGCAAGAGGAAAGCAUUGACCGUAACUACAUUCCUGGAAAAGUAUGAAUGAAACAGUACAGACUGCUGCACCUGCCCCAUGUACAUUUAUUUCUACAUCACAUCAUUAUAAAGCUGAUGGGAAUGUCAGAACUGAUAAGUAUCAACGGUGUAGGAAAAACACAGCUAUUGCUCCUGGACAAAACUUAAGAGAUCCAAUGUAUAAAUUGUUUGAUGUCUCCAUUCAGUCAUUCCACAUACUGUUUGUACAUUAUUUCGAUUCAGUAAUCCGUGAAAAAGACGGAUUAGCCAUUUUAUCAUAGAUUCUUUUUUUUUUACAGUGAUUAUUAUGUUUUCUGAAUGUCUUUUUAAUUGAUUUGAUCAGUUUAAAAAAAAAAAAAAAAACUAAGAAAAGAGCAAUUUCCUGCUUUGAUUGGUGUUUUCUUUUGCAAGCGAAGAUGUGAUUUUGAUGACAACCUCCCAAAGUCGAGCAACAUGUAGCAACAUGAAAAAGACAGUGACACGUCAUUCCAGUCAGCAUAUUUCCCCCUGAGUUUUAAGCUCUUAUACAGGAUUGUUUCACGAUUACUUGUUUUAACUCUUCUGUCUUAGUUACAUCAUCAUGCCUACAUUUUGGCUGUGUGUGUUGUCAAAUCAGCUUUUGGGAAUGUUAAGUUAGGCAAAUAACCAUAUCUAAGCACUGUGACAAAAGGUUCAUUAUAUGAACAAUAUUUCAUUGUCUAAAGGCAUAAUCAGCAUCUGGUUUAUUGAUCUCUAAAACGAGGCUUAUUUUGUGCUUCUUUUCGGCUGUUUUAUUCUUUCUAUCAAUAUUAUUGUGAAGUGUAUUAAUACAUGCUAUCAUUGCAGUUCCACUAUGGGUGACGAGGAACUUCCUUGUUAAUUCUGUCCACCAAUUAAAUUUCCUGCUGCCUGCUG